GGUAGGCGUUACACUUCAACAAUUUCUUAGGUGGGUAAAUACUCAAGAUAGGGUAGAAAACAACAUAUAUAUAGCUUGAUCUACCUAGAAAGUAGAUCAACAAAACGCCUUGCCCUCCAAAGCAACUCACUCAUCAUUAAGAUACCGUCAUAUCACCAAAACACCACUAACAUGUCCGACCCGUCCGACCCAUCCAAUACGGAAGGACCCGAUCAUGCCUCGUCCAAGGCGCUUGUCCAUCACGACCCUCAAAGCAAAAUCCUAUUCCCCAAGCUGAACUGCACCUCCGGAGAAGACCAGGACACUAGCCAUAAUUCAACCGAGCCACAAACUUUCCAUCCCUUUAUGAUGUUACCAGCUGAACUUCGCAUCAUGAUUUGGAAGUUGGCUGCUGGGCCAAGGUUCAAGGAAAUUCUCGAGAUCAAACCACUCGAUUCCGAGGACCCCUUACCGCAGGGGGGGAAAUUAGCCGUCUUCAAAGUCAAGAUGGAUGUGACUCGAAUGAAGGUGGCACAAGCAUGCUACGAGGCGUGGGAGAUCAUUCGAGGUCCCCUAAAGAUUAGCGCUUGGCCUCAUACACCUAUGCAAACAUAUAUGGACCCUCACCUCGACUCUCUGAUGAUCCACAGCGACAUCGACCUUGAUGCGUUUUGGAUGUCACCGGACUGUCUCAUCGGAAAUGCACGGCAUCUAAUACUGGAUGCGGACGAAUAUUUUGCCCUGGAUAUCCUGGACGACAUACCUGCAAGUCGAAAGAUCAAGAGUGGUUUUCUUUCCUCUGUGGAAACAAUCAGCGUCGUGGUCGUGACUUUCCGAAUCCCGGCCAAGGUCGCUGAUUUAUAUCGUGAGCGAUUCUCUACACAAGUGCCCUUCGUCAUCGACAUCGACGAUAUCGGCCAGAUAGCCUGGAUGACCCUUGCCCUAUACGUCGCAAUGAAGAGUCUAUCAAUGAGUAUAGCGUUCAUCGAAGAAUGCCUUGAUAAUCGACAAUAUUGGACAACAUUUCCUUCAGGAAUCACACAGCGUAUCCAAGUCAAUUUGGCUGCUGCCAAUGUCCAGGAUGGGAAGAUACCUGAUAUAAAGAGAGUGAUGCUGAUACUUGAUGAAACUGACAAGAGGUCCGACGUACAGUUGAUGGAUGAAGAGUGGGCGAUGACAUUCUUCGCUAAUCAAGUACUAUAUGGGAACGUUCUGAUAUAAACACGGUGUGUGUUUGAAUAUGAAUAUGAUCUGAAUUUGAAGAAAACAGAAGUGGAAUUAUGGUGUCAGGGGCGACGGCACAUGGCGGCCCCACCAAAGCGCUACCUGCAGGUGGUUAAUACAAAGGGGUCUCGAGAGUUAAAGGGUCAAGGCCUUUCCCCUAGCACACGGGUUUAUUCGGGUGUUGAUGCUAGGGAAUGAUUAGCGAAUAAGUAUUGAUGGGCGGCUUCCACUUCACCAAGCCACUGGCAAAAAGGGGAAGGAAGCUACAAGCUUAACACCAUUACGCAAGAUACAUAAUGCUUAUUAAUGAGGCUGGUUUAACUGGGAAAGCACGUCUUCGGUGAAGAAGGGUAGUGUUUAUGCGCAAUGCGGACUUGAUGCAUCUCC